GAUCUGCUGACGUGUCGGCUGCGCGCGCCGUGGGACUGCAGCCCUACAAUUAAACACCGUCAGCAUGGCUUCACUAAAUUCAUAUUUUUAUAUUUUAACUCUUUUUCUUUAUACAUGCUUCAGUAUAUCCAGCGCGGACCGGCGCUUCUCCGACCUGAAACGAUGCGCAGAUGAUGAAUGUAGCAUGCUUCUCGGCAGAGGAAAGGCCGCGAAGGAUUUCACGGGGCCGGACUGUCGUUUUCUCUCUUUUAAGAAAGGAGAGACAAUAUAUAUGUAUUAUAAACUCUCAGGACAGAGGUCGGAUUUGUGGGCCGGCAGUGUUGGAAACCACUUUGGUUAUUUUCCAAAAGACUAUCUUAAUAUAAAUCAUAUUUACACUGAUAAAGAGGUUGAGGUACCAGCAGAGGAAACAGAUUUUGUUUGCUUUGAUACUGGGCUUGAUAAGUUUGAAAGCUACGACGUAGACGUGCUAUUAGGAAAUUCAUUGUUAAUAGAAAAUGAGGAUUUGAGAGAGGACUCACCUCAUAAUGAAGCCGAUGCAUCUCAGCUGCCAUCUGAAACAGAGACAGAAAGUUCAGAGUCGACAGCACAUCUUAAAACAGAGACAUUAGACUCAGAAUCACUUGAGACGGUAAGGUCAGAAUCUCCAGCGUCUCUUGAAAAAGAUGCAUUACUCUUAAAAACUAUAGAGGAGGAAUCUGACAGCUUACAACCGAAGAUAGAAGAAAUCUUAUCAGAACCAGCAUUUGAAUCUGAAGAUGUGGUACAGGAAGAACCAGAAACAGCAGCGGUUCCACUUCUAGAUGAGCAAGCUGAUAUUUCACUAAACAAUGACGCAGUUGCCUUGGAGGAUCUCAAGACAGAACCAUCAGAAUCUGAUGCUCAGGAUGAUUCUUCUCAGCUGAGCAACCAAAGUGUCUCUGAGAGACGAUCUGAUUCGGAGGACGUCACUGAUUUUGAACCUCGGGAGUCACUGGAACCUGAAGCUCGAAAAGAGGAGUCAGAGGUAGAACCUGUCAAAACAGAUCAGGAAAAAACACUACAAACAGCAGAGAAAACACUCGAAACAUUUGAGGAUGUCACAGAGGAUAAUAAUGUGGGGUCAACAUUAAAGGAUGGUUUUGAAGGAGAGCACAAAGAUGAAAAGCAAGACACUGGUUCUCCUGAAGAAGUCACCAAAGGCCAACACAAGGAGGCAUUAUCUGAGGAACCCCAAGAAUCACAUGUCAAAGAUCUCACCAGUCCUGAGGAACUGCACAGAGAAAAUGAUUCUGAAGAACCAGAAAUUGCAGACGAUAAACUCCCAGAACCUUCUCAGCUGCAACACGACACUAAUACUCCAGAUGCAAAUGGAGACUCCAAUGACACUCAGCCAAAGAGUCACGACAUCCCAUCUGAACCACCUUUAGAAAGCCAUAAGUCUGAGAGCACAUCAUUAAAUGCAGACAGGGUGCUCACAGAUGAUGACCUUGAAAAAGACGAUCCACAGAAGGUAGACACAAACAAGACCGAAACAACAAAUGAAAACACUGAAGAUCUCCAGAAGGUCAGCACGAACACACGUGAAAAUGCAGAACCUCAGAACUCCGUUACAAACCAGGAUGAAACGGCAGAUGAGCACAUUAAAGAAGAUGAUCUAGAGAAAGUAGACGUAAACAAGACAACAACGAAUGAAAACACUGAAGAUCUUCAGAAGGUCAGCACGAACACAAAUGUAAAUGCUAACGAAAACAUUAAAGACGACAAACUUCAGAACUUUGUUACAAACAAGGAUGAAACAGCCGAUGACCACAUUAAAGAAGAUGAUCCAGAUAAAGUAGAUGCAAACAAGACCGAAACAACAAGUGAAAACGCUGAAGAUCUCCAGAAGGUCAGCACGAACACAAAUGAGAACACAAAUGAAAAUGAAAAAAUAAACAUUAAAGACCACGAACCUCAGAACUCUGUUACAAACAAGGAUGAAACAGCCGAUGACCACAACAAAGAAGAUAAUCCAGAGAAAGUAGACGUAAACAAGACCGAAACAACAAAUGAAAACACUGAAGAUCUCCAGAAGGUCAGCACGAACACAAAUGAAAAUGCAAAAGAAAACAUUAAAGACCACGAACCUCAGAACUCUGUUACAAACCAGGAUGAAAAAGCAGAUGACCACAUUAAAGAAGAUGAUCCGGAGAAAGUAGACGUAAACAAGACUAAAACAACAAAUGAAAACAGUGAAGAUCUCCAGAAGGUCAGCAUGAACACAAAUGCAAACGAAAACAUUAAAGACGACCAACCUCAGAACUCUGUUACAAAUAAGGAUGAAAAAGCAGAUGACCACAUUAAAGAAGAUGAUCUAGAGAAAGUAGAUGCAAACAAGACAACAUCGAAUGAAAACACUGAAGAUCUCCAGAAGGCUAGCACAAGUACAAAUGAAAAUGCAAAAGAAAACAUUAAAGACGACGAACCUCAGAACUCUGUUACAAACCAGGAUGAAAAAGCAGAUGACCACAUUAAAGAAGAUGAUCUAGAGAAAGUAGACGCAAACAAGACAACAGCGAAUGAAAACAGUGAAGAUCUCCAGAAGGUCAGCACGAACACAAAUGAAAAUGCAGAACCUCAGAACUCGGUUACAAACGAGGAUGAAACGGCAGAUGACCACAUAAAAGAAGAUGAUCCAAAGACAUCAAUAAUAAACGAAAAUAUUGAAUUGCACGAGUCAGAAGAAGCAGAAGUGUUGGAAAAUCCAGAAACGGUGGACAACACAGAUGAUCAGAUUAAUAAAGUAAGGAACGAGCUCACAGAUCUGCUAAGAAACACAUUAGAAUCAGAGAAACAGAGACCUGAAGAUGAACCACAAGAUCAAGAUGAGAAGGAAGACCCUGAAGAGCUUCUGGAGGAUGAGAAUGCUCUGUUCUCUUUGAAACCUGAAGAAGACACGCAUGACGCUGAAGAGAACGAACAACCUGAAAUUCAGUAUGAAUCUGAUCAAUCUGAUAACAACACAGAACCAGAAGAGGUGCCGUCCUCUACUUUCACAAACGAGACUCAGACCGAAGAUGAAGAUGGGUCAGAAGAUAAACAGAAGGUCUCUAGUGAGGAGCCUGAAUACAGUGACAGCGUAUUAAGACUUACAAUUUUAAGAGAUCACAUAAAGGAUGAAGACAUGGAGCGAAUUCAGAAGUUUCUUGGCUUGAAAAACCUUUUCAAACUGGAGGCCAUGUUUUCUGACCUGGAUCAGGAGUUGAUGUCCGUCAAGAUGUCGGAGACGAGCACUGAAAAUAUCGAGAACACGCUGGACCAGAUCAUGGAGGCUUCAGAGAACUCAAUUCUCGAUGUGACGGAGGAAAUGCUUAACGAAAGAGAGCGAAUAGCUCACGAACACGGACUGGAAAAAGGAAUGGACGUGUUUGAUCUAGAUGCUACAAUCCUCGAUGCGUUUCAGGAGAUUGUGUUCUCUUUACGGCAGAAAUAUUCAACAGCCAGCGAGAGCGUACCACUGCUCGAGGAAGAGCAGUUUGUUUCUCAAACAGAGGAACAAUAUGAUGCCGAAGUAGAAAAGGAUGCGGUCAGUGAUGCUGAAACUAUUAAACCACUUGAAAGUCUUGUGAUCCAAGAGGAGCAGAAUGAAUCUGAGAUCAUUGAUGAAUUAAAUGUAAACCCACAAGAUGUGUCUCCUGCUCAAGAGCUGGACCUUGAGGAGGACGGCGGUCAUUUUAACAAAAAUAAAGAUGCUCAAAUAGGCUUCGAGGAUGCUGAGGAGAUCCAAAAGGGGCCUCAUGCUAUUUUGGAGAAACCAGGAUUUCACUUUGAAGUGGACCCAUCUUCAGAUUCACUGGAGACUCCGAGCGUAUCUGACUUCCAUGACGCUGAAACCAACACUGACAUCUCCAGCUCAACCACUUCAGAUGAACUGUGGAGCCUCCUGCUUCCUGUCAAAGAAUAUCUUGGAGUGUAUGCAGAAAUUCUGAUCGCCGCUCUUCCGGAGGAAUGGAGACCUGGUCCCACUUUUCACGGCAUUCCCUGGGAGCCGGUGAUGGUCACGGCUGCCGUCGGUUUCCUUACGGUCCUGAUGUUUUUCUGGAGGACGCUGCUCGCUAUCAAAGGCAGAACUUAUCAAUUAACUGAAAAGCAGCUUAAAGAGAAGAUCCAGCAACUUCUCAGCGAGAAAUCUGAUGCUGCUGAAAAGAUAUCAAAACUAAAUGAAGUGAUUAAGGAACGCGAAGAACAGUUCAAAAACUCAGAGAAGAACCUCGGUUCAAGCCAGCAAGAAAUGAAACAGCUAAAGACACACCACCAGAAACUCCAAAGCCAGUGUGAGGAAAUGUCUAAAAGUGUUUCUCAACUUAACCAGAAAAUUGUUGACACACAGGAAGAGAAUUCAAAUCUGAAUGAGAAGAUUUUAAAGAUGCACCAAAGGAUUGAGCAAUACCAGAAAACUCUGAAGAACUUCGAUGAGGAGCGUGCAAAGAUUACUGUCCUUGUGGAUGAAGCUAAAUUGAGAGAAGAUGCCCUGAAGGCUCAGAUGAACUGCUUUGAGAAAGAAAACGGUGCUUUAAAGGAACAGAAGAAGUCUCUGCUGCGUGAUGUUAAAGACUGGCAGGAGAAACACGAGAAGCUCGGCGAGAAGAUCAGAGUUUUCCACAAAUCCCAGAAGGAGCUGGAGGACUCACUGAUGCACAAGGAAAAUGAGAUUGAAGUUCUGUCCAGCUGUAUUGCCGAGCUCAAUCGUUUAGGAGCCUGUGAUGCAGCAGAACUUCAGAAAGAUGAUGCUAAAAUGUCUCAUGGAGAGGAUGCUGAAAAGAAGAUCGACACCAUGAGAAUGCGUAUUAAACAGAUGAUGGACGUCUCAAGGAUUAAAGCCACUCUGAGCGUUAUUGAAGACGAGAGAAACCGCUACAUGGAAAGUCUUCUCAAUGAACAGAGGAGCAGACAAGAGCUUGAGGAGCAAUAUCAGAAGGUCAUGCACGACCAGAUGCAUCUGAAUAAUGAGAAGACUCAUCUAGAGAACCAGUUCAAGAUCCUGCAGCAGAGGCUGGAGAUCACCACUGAACUUUAUCAGCAGAAAGAGAACGCCUUACAGCAAAAGUUGACUAAAGAGGAGCUGGAGAGGCAUGAGAAGGAGACGAAGCUGUCGGAGGUGGACGGUAAAGCUGUGAGGUCAGAGGAGGAGCUGAGAGUCCUCAAACAGAAGAUCAGAGAAAUUGAGGAGGAGAUGCAGCAGAAUGAACAAACAUUGAAGAAUGAGGUCGCAGUCCAGGAAAAGAAAGCUCAUGAGAACUGGCUGAAAGCUCGCGCUUCAGAACGAGCGCUGGUGGAGGAGAGGCGAGAGGCCGCCACGCUUCGGCAAAAGCUGGUGGAGUGUAGCGAUAAAAUAUCAGACUUGGAGCAAACUCUCUUUAAACUCAACUCUGCACCUCCGGAUCGCCACGCGCGUCCCAUGCGGAGAGGUGAUUCAUACGGGCCAUCCCCCGUCAGUGGGGGCGCUCCGUCUCCUCCUCUAAUGAUAGAGGGUCCCGGUCGACCCCCUUCUGCUCCUGUAGGCCGGCGAAAUGAUUCGUUUGGUCCACGGCCUCCCUCGGACCCUCACGGACGCUUUUCAGACCUCGGACACCCAUUGCCUUCUCGACCAGAAAUGUUCCCUCCCAUGACAUCAUCUCCAUGUGCACACGAUGGACCAAUGCAGACAGCACCGGUCCCUGAGACGACCGAGGUCUCAGAGCAGAUCACAUCUGAGUCUCUCUCAAAGUCUCAGGGUCAGGGAUCUUUCCUACCUUCUCCCAUUCGGGAUUCUCCGGUGCCCCCACUGAAUGCCCCACUAAAGUCCUAUGGACCCCCAAUCAUGGGUGGACCGGUUCCACCCAAUGGACCUCCUCAUUUAAUGAUCAGACCACCCAAUGGCCAUCCACCCAUGAUGCCCCCUGGACCCUCACUUGGUCCUGAUCCACGCUUCAGACCACCACCGCUAGAUUCUUAUGGGCCUCCACCUCCGAUCGGCCCAUUUGGUCCAGUACCACCACCUUUUGCACGAGGCCCAAUGAUGCGAGACCUCCCGCCCAUGGGACCGCUUCCCCCUCCACGUGACAUGCCCCCUGAAUUUUUCGGACCCCGCGGGCUUCCUCCACGGCCCUUCUCUUCCGGACCUCUUCCACCUUUUGGAGCAAUGGUUCCUCCUCCGUACGCCAGCCGGGGCUUCCCCGGACCCGUUCCGCUGUCUGCUCAGAGCUCCAGAGACAAUGAGGAGAACGUCACAUCAGCCAACAAUCCCCCCACAGACGGCUCCUCGCAGCGGGACACGGGUGACUCCUCACUGGCAGAGCCAUAAACAAACUUGAAGUUUCAUCGGCUUUGAUUUAGUCCACGUUUUAUUCUGUCCCACUACUUUUCAAUAUUUAAACACCAGACGCAUUUGGUCUGGUUGGGAAAAAACCAAAUGGUUUGAUUUAUUUGCCAUUUUUGCUGAAGCAUAUUUCAAUGACACAAUGUGAGAGAAAUUUUGAGGGUUUUAAUUUGCAAACCUUUCCUAUGGAAAUAGUUUGAUUAAAAAAUACAUUAGAAAUUUUUUUUUCGGUAAGGCUGCUUAACAGUUUAAUUGAAAUCUCUACCACUCACCCAGUGCUAAUGCACCGUGUGAUCAUCAAACCAGUCUAACAUUCAUAUUUAGGCACGUGAGUUAAACCAUCACAAAGCCUUUGAUAUGAGAGAGAAUUUCAAUAUUUUUAUGCCUUUUUCAACAAAUAUUUCCUGCUGCUUUUAGUCUGAUAAUUGCUCGCUUACGUUUGUUUCUUUUAAUGUUUGAUUUUCUUUCCGUCUGUGCUUACGAUUUCUUUUCCUAGCGGAAAGGCACAUAUGAUGUCAUAUUGACAGAGUAUUUGUACAUUUCUCUCGGCUGCGUAUACAAUAAAUACAUUUUCAUAAAUCUGACCCUAACAUCACUAGAUUUGAUCUCACUUAUACAGGUUUCAUAUUUUCAAAGUCAGCAGGGGAUUUCUAGCACAUAAUAAUGUUUUAUUGUAAUAAUGGAGGAUGUGAAAACUUUUUGGCAUGAAUUGUUGAAUCGAAUGCAUCCAAAGGACUCGGACAUUACGUAUAACUCACAAAAUGGUGUUAAAUGCCAGAGUUUCCAUGCAAAUGGUUUUAUGAAUAAUUAACACAAAUUGAGUUGAAUUUUAAUGCAGUAAUUUACAUAAGAAUGCUAAUUGAAUGAUUUUUUGACGCAAUGCUCGGAAACCAAUGUCUUUCAAGUCUGUAGACCCUUUUUAUUUCUUUGCCCAAAUGUUUUGUUUGAUAUUAGAGUAAAUUAUUUCAGAAGUGUGUUGAGAGGAUGUGUGAAUAUCAAAUCUGUUUUAACAAACAGUGAUGUUGAUGUUAUAAGAAUGAAUGAGUUGAAUAAAGCAGUUGUUUUUCCUGUAGAGAAUGGUUUGUGUUUUAAGCAGGUUACGGUGAAUAAUGUGUUUAUUAAAGGUCACCUAAUGUGAUAAAUUCA